GAUGCUUAUGGUGAGUCACCCCCACACCCCCCCACGCCCCCCCCCACACCCGCACUCCCCCCCCCGGCGGGGCUCGGUCACUAUAACUCGGCGGCGCCCAUGGCAGCGGGCCCCCAGCCCAGCGCAGCCCGGGCCGCGGCCGAGCAUCCCGGCAGGUCAGCCUCCGCCAUGAGGGAGGAAGGGCCCCCCAACUCCAGCGAAGGCCACCAAGGCUGGUUCGCGGCCAGGAACGGCAGCGGCAGCUCCUUGGACCUGGAGUCUGUGGUGCAACCCCUCGCCUUGAACCCGUGGGACGUCGUCCUCUGCAUCUCCGGGACCAUUAUCUCCUGCGAGAACGCCAUCGUGGUGGUGGUCAUCUUCUACACCCCGACUUUCCGGGCUCCCAUGUUCCUCCUCAUCGGCAGCUUGGCCACUGCCGACCUCCUGGCCGGUUUGGGGUUGAUCCUGCAUUUUGCCUUUGUCUACUUCAUCCCGUCGGAGGCGGUCAGCUUGCUGACGGUGGGGCUCCUGGUCACCUCCUUCACGGCCAGCGUCAGCAGCUUGCUGACCAUCACCAUUGACCGCUACCUGUCCCUCUACAACGCCCUGACCUACUACUCGGAGAGGACGGUCACCAGGACUUACAUCAUGUUGAUCCUCACCUGGGGAGCCUCCAUCUGCUACGGGCUCCUGCCCAUCAUGGGCUGGAACUGCCUGAAGGAGCCCUCCGCCUGCAGCAUCGUCAAGCCCCUGAUGAAGAACCACCUCAUCAUCCUCUCCAUCUCCUUCUUCAUGGUCUUUGCGGUGAUGCUCCAGCUCUAUGUGCAGAUCUGUAAGAUCGUCUGCCGGCACGCCCACCAGAUCGCCGUCCAGAGACAUUUCCUGGCCAGUUCCCACUACGUCACCACCCGAAAAGGCAUCGCCACCUUGGCCGUCAUCCUGGGCACCUUCGCUUCGUGCUGGCUGCCCUUCGCCAUUUACUGUCUCCUGGGGGAUUACAGCUACCCAGCCCUCUACACCUACGUCACCCUGCUCCCUGCCACCUACAACUCCAUGAUCAACCCCGUCAUUUACGCCUUCAGGAACCAGGAGAUCCAGAAAGUGCUGUGGACCGUGUGCUGCGGGUGCUUCUCCUCCACCAUGCCUUUCCGGUCCCGCUCCCCCAGUGACGUCUGACACAUCUCCCCCUCCCCGCCCUCUCUGCACCUUUC